AUGACAACAGGUCCUGAAAUUUCGAAGGGUUUAGAACAAUGGAAUACCGAUUCGGGAAAAAAUGCAAUUUUACAAUACGGAUUUGAACUUAUCAGUGAUACUGUGAAAGCUGAAUUAGUUCCGCAACUACUUCUGGAUUCUAUAAAGGAAAUUUAUCAAGAUAUUAAUUCUAAUCUUUCAAAUUUAGAUGCUAUCGCUUUUAAAGAAGAAUCAAAAAAUGGUACCACUCAACGUAUUACACCCAAAGUAAUCAUGUCUGAAUUAAGUAAAGUUAUUCAACCUGAAGAAUUCAGUCAAACAAGUGAUUUACACCAACCAAUUGUACAAAAGUUUGGUGAAAAAUUAAAUAACCGGGGAAAGAUUUGGUGUGCGAUUUCGGCAGAUAGAGCUGUUAAAAAUGCCUUAGCAUUUGACAUUCUUGAGAGUAUUUUACUAGGACUAAUAAAGUUUACGGUACCAAGAAUUAUUAGGUUUACAAUGGGAGAAGAAUUCGUUUUUACCAUUAUUUUUGAACAAACAAUAAGCGAUACUAUCAAAGAGUUGACUACCAAUGAAUAUAAUCUUCAGUAUAAAAUCUUGCGGAUGAAUCGGCUAAAAAUGUUUUUAAUGCAUACGGAUAAUGUUUUCUAUGCUGAUACUGGUGCCGAUGAAGGAUAUUUGUUUGUUAACUAAGGAUUAGUUUUGUGACCCCUAUUUUCAUAACAAUCGGAAGUCAUCAUUGUGGAGUAUCCGUUAUUUUCGGAAAACUCAUUUUUAGCACAAAACUUUAAUCGUAUACACAGAAUUUCAGUGCUACCAGAUUUUUCCUCUAUAAAAUACAGUUUGUAAAAUAAUAGUAAUCAUAAAUUUGUUUAUAUUUUAUUUAAAGCAGUUUUCAGUGAAAUCUAUUCUUGCAUUUCACGAGUAAUAAUACCUUUGUAAUCAAUAGUAAGUUGUUUAUUGAAAGGAGUGAGAUUUUCUAGAGGGGGGGCGCAAUUGAGUUUGAUACCACAGUUCUCCUUCAUUGGCUGAUUUUCAAGCGGACCCCGAGAAGUUCUGUAUGUAUAUGCACAUAUCCAUCGUUCGUUCUGGAGUAAAGUAGUAACGAAAAUUCUGCUUUCGUUAGUUUUCUCAUUUGUUGGGGGCUAGAUAGAGAGUCUUUAUUGUUACAUUACUAGUUAGGUUGAACAAGUGAUUGACCACCGAGUAGUAACCACUGUCAUAUUUGUCUAGCCCUUUUAUUAGUGCUGACCGAAUCCGACCAAUCAAGUUGCAAUAUAUUCACUGGUCUAAAUGACUUAACAUCGCGCGAACUUGGGAUAUUAAGUGGUUGUAGGUAGUCAACAGGGGACUCUAGACCCAGGUUUCGUGCUAGUUGGCACUUGUUAACAUGACGUACCUAUAAUGCUGAGAAAACUGGUGAUCUUUAAUGAAUUCAAUCCCGUUUCACUUAACCUCAGAGUUUGCGUAGUUACCACUGAAAUAUUCGGGCUAUGAAUGGCCAAACAGACCUGGUUUUAUCACUGCUCAGUGAUGAAACAAUUGUAAAUAUCUCUGUCCAAACAUUUGAAUGGUAACUAUUCAGACUCUGAAGCCGAGUGAAACGAGAUUGAGUCCAUUAAGGAUCAUCAGUUCCCUAGACGCUAUAGGUACGCCUAGCUAACGAGUGUCGACUUGGACGAAACCUGGGUAUAAGGUUUCCUGUCGACUGCCUGCAAUCAACUUACAUCCCAACAAAGUUCAGUUAAAAUUUAUUAUGGAUUGACUAAUGAAUUUCCUUGGAUUGAAUAAAUUGAGACAGGUCUCAGUGAAACUACUAAUUACUUAAUAAUAAUAUGCCUAGUAAUAAUAUGUCUAGUUUCUAGUGUCGACUGACAUGAAUUUUUGAGUGUUUUUUAAAGUUCCCUUUUUCAGAAUAUAGGAAUAGAUAGAUUCUAAAAUCGUCAAUUUCUGAAGAUUCAAUAAAUUGUAUAUGUUUGGUGUUGAAGAGCUCAGGAAACAGAGAUUGUGAUUAACAUUUUUUCCCGCAGUUUGUAAUCAAUUACAGGCUUUUCAAGAAUCAUCUCACAAAUAAUAGAGGAUUUUCCUCUUUUAAUUCAUCUCUAUGUAUCUGUAAGAAUAAGUAUUGCAAUGGAUUAAAUAUUUGGCUUUUUACAAAUUUAAAUAUAGUGAGAGGAGAAUAACUAUGAUGGUUAUCAAAAAGAAUUAAUAGUUACAUGUUUUCAAAUUAGGAAAUGAGCACUCUGUUAAAUAACCGUUAUUAAGUUUGAAGCAGGGGACGAAAUAUUUAGGAAGCCAAAUGCAAAUAAUUCAGAUCUUGAGGACGUAGUAAUCGAUUAUUUGUGACGAAGAAGUAGUAACUGUAAGAAGAAAAUAAAACGAUACAGGUUAAUUUGUUUGGAGUCGUAGAUCUCGAAGUUCCAAAAAUAAAUAUUGGGUAUUUUUUAUCAGGAAAACUAGUUACUAACUACUGUUUCCAGAAAUGAAUUGCAACAGUUAUUGCUAUGUAGGACAAGUUUUCCAAGGCGAAAUAAAUAUAUCCUUUCAUCGUUUUAAUACAUUUGAUUUGAGAGAAAUUGUUGUUUUGUGCUGUAUCCGAUUGUGAAACAAGCUUUCUAUACAUGAAUCCAAGCGAAUAGAUUAGUGAAAAGGAGGCCAUCAUUCCCAUCCAUGGAGUACUUCAUUUCUUAGAAAAGGAAGCCAUAUCUUUGGCAGUCGCUUAAGCUUAUCAUUUGGCAGAUGCCUAAUUGGGCAACUGUAUUAAAAAAAUUAAUAAACAAGAAUCCAAUUAAAUGCCUUAAUUAAUACAAAUUAAAAGCCAUUUCACGUGCUUUUCUGUUAGUUAAGUUACAAUCUUUAAAUGAUAUUAAAAUAAGAUAGUGCAGAAACUACGAAAUACAUUCUGUGUACUACCUGAGUAACUAAUGUGCACGGCAACAAGUAAACUUGUAGAUGGGCGUUAUGGUUGACUAAAACACAAGACUGUCUGAAAAAUCAUUUGUCGCUAUGUUUAAAUCAUAAAGUGCUCAACAAAAAAGCAGUUAUUUAUCAAAAAUGAAGAUUCCAGCUUCUUUAUAAUUCCUGCUAGUACAUUUAUCUUUUGGACUGACAUUCAUAAAAAUAGCUGUCUUUGACAAUGUAGCAAAUCGUCUUUUAUGAUAGACUUGGAGCUAUUAAAUAUGUCUCCAAGUUUAAUACUUUUAAGCUAAUUAUGGUGACUUAAUUAAUAUUUACUUCUGUCAAGCUUACUGCAAAGGAUUACUUACCCAGGUAUCAGCAUGAUUUUACAAAUCGGUUAACAGAUUUAUUUACAAACAGAUGGUCGAUUUCGGUCACUAAAAUUUCACCAAAGCUACUUUCAAUAGUUAAGAAUUGCUAACCUAAACGUUUGUCUACAAGUACCAUCCAAACAUAUAAUAACUACCUCACCGAAUCGGCAAUUUUUCGAUUUUCUUAGAAAUAUUCGUCACAUUUUAUGAUGUUCCAUUCACUAUCGAGUUAAAAUCAGAGUUCACAGGGCUAUCAAAUAUGCUUAAUUUAAACGUUGAAAUCUGAGUUGUUUAUGUCUACACAAAAAGAUUAGAGGGAGUAACCUUCUCAUGGAGAUAAAUUCUUUGUAUAUAGACAUUUUAUUUAAAGAAGCUUAAUCGCAUGAUAAAUAGCAUCAUCGAAGCUCAGUGCGUAAUAAGUUCUUAAAAGAUAUUCCAUUUUAACAAACUUCAUUUUACUAUGAAGAGUAACUCCAUAAAGUAUAAAGGAUAAUCUCCGAAUAAGAUCGUUGCACAGUUUCUGUGAAAUAUGUCACAGUAAAGUUUCACUUGUAUGUCGAGAGUAAAUAUUGUUAGAUACCGAUGUUGAAUAUUGCAUGCAGCUGAACAGAGACCACGAAAUAUUAUGAAUUCAAAUUAUUCUGCCUUAAUUCUUGUAUUUCACCCUAUUCGAAUAUUGUUGGUCUUUCCCGAACUCAUUCGUCUGUCAAAUAAACUGAAAGAGUAAUUCAAAUCGAUCAUCUGACUUUAAGCAUUGUUUCUUGUAAGCAGUUUUCGGAUAUCACAACAAAGGUUGAAAAUUCAAUAUUAUUUGUUUGGAAGAUUUGUAUUAUUAGUUUUUGAUGUUUAUGACUGGAUUUCGUAAUUCUUUGUUGGUAAUAUGGGGUCUUUUAACAAGUCGAUUGUAUUUUAAAUAGCAAUUAACAAUGUCAUCAAACAAGCAUGCUUUGUUAUUUCAUAGAAUAAUUUUAAAGAUUUCAUAUCCAAACCGAAACAGAUCAUAUUCCUGAAUACGCUUACGAUUUGUAGGAAAUAACAUACGCGUUUAGCAAGUCGGUGUUUUUAGUGACUCAUUAGCCUUACAAAUAACAUAUUAAUGUUUAGAACGAUGAACAUUGUGGUUCCAGUUUGGAAAUCAACAUUCGCACUAUGAUCCACGUAUAAUCAGCCAACGAAUCACUCGUGGAAUGUAACAGAAUUCACCGAUUUCACUUAAGCCACUAUUAAAAGUGCAGCCAACUUUACAAUCCAGUAAUUGAUAAAGUGUUAUGUGAAUUAGACAUUACUGUUAAUGGAACUAUGGAUUUCCCGUAGUGUUUGUAAAUCAAUGCAUGUACAGAUAAAGCGACCAGAAAGAUGUCCAAAUAAUUUCUGUAUUUAUUAUUUAUUUUAACACAUAGAUAUUGGUACAAGGGGGCACCAAAUACAUAUGCGCCACACAAAUCUCAUUCGAUAUGUGUGAGGGCUGUGAUACUGCCCAGGUGCUCAAACCGAAGCAGGUUGAUUGAAAAUAAACGUAAACAUGGACGAGUGAAGUGUUAAAGGAUGGUAAGUUUACGUUACACAACCAGUAAUCUGCCAACUGAGCAAUGAAAAGAAGCUGAUAUCCACGCCCUGGUUGCAAUUUAGUUGCUAAGUGCUAUCCGCAACUGCCGCAUAAAUGAAAGAGACUUAAUUGUUCACAAGUUAUUUAAUAAAUCAGUCAACCAGCUCUUACCAUUAAUCAAACUGGAUUGAGUUAGGGAUAAGAAGAAACUUAUCGCAUAGAGAUUUGACCGCGUGAUACAGCCCAGAUAUGGAAUAUAAAAAUAGCAGCUAUUAGAGUUUUAGUUUGGUAGCUUAAUUGUAACCAGUUUAGCCAUCAGCUUGAAAGUUUCGGCAUAUGAUUAUUUUAUGAGCAAAGUUCUCUUGUGUUUCCAACGAUAAACUCAUUUACCAAGAAAUUAAUUUGCUACAUUGAACUAGUUGAAGUAAUCUGACUAUUAAUAAGUUAAUGUUUAGAGAUAAACCGUGUCGGGUGUGAGGUAGUUACCCACUGAAGACGAUGAGAGAUGGUCACGCAAUGUCAUGAACUGAUUGAGGUUAUACAUCAAUGCCGUUAGAUGCUAGCUCAAUGGUCUAGAGGUCAAGUGUUCGGGAGCGAGAUCAAAGGUCCUAUGUUCGACUCCCAACUCCGCCUGUAGCUCUUCUAGAGUUACUGCCGGUCCCAAGCCCGGGUAAAGGAGGAGGGUUGGGCAUGGGGUUAGCGACCCCAUCCAGUAGGAAACUAACUCGCUAAAAAAAACGCCAACCAGAAAUGUUCGAUUCCCACGUUCAAGAUCGUGGAUUGGCGCUAUUGAGGAGUCCUGUAUCAGUAUGAAAUGGCCAUCCAAUGCUUUUAGGUUUUCAGUGAUGGUCAAACUUAGAUCGGUUCAAAAUUUUAAUGAAUAUUUAGAGUUAUAACUAGAAUUCAGGCAUUGAACACAUCUCCAUUCCAUCAUUUAUUUGGAGAUAAUGUAUUUUUCUGAUAAACAUCUAAACUUUUACCCGACAAAUAUGGGCACAAUGCCUAAACUUUUAUCAUCAGUCAAUCAUUGCGGAAUAACAAACAAAUAGAUAAACUCUGUUAUGGAAUGUAUGAGGUGAUAUUAUUAACUUUUUAUAUUGUCUUACAAAACAAUUUUAUAUUGUU